CACAUUGCUCCCACGCUCAAGUCGUACCCUACCCCAUCAUCAUCAUGUUUGAACCUAUUCGUGGAGGAACUCGGGGAGGACAAGCAGAAUUUAAAUGGACAGACGUUUCGGCUGAUAAAGACAGAGAAAACUACCUAGGUCACAGUAUAAAUGCACCUACUGGACGAUGGCAAAAGGGCAAAGACGUUCAUUGGUACAACCGGGACAAGCAUGGCGAAGACGAUCACGCAGAGGAAAUCAGGAAAAUAAAAGAAGCAGAGGCCGAAGCUCUUGCUGUUGCGCUAGGUUUCCAACCAGAGCCAAAAUCUGAUAAACCACUAGAUGCUACAUCGUCCACAUCAAAACCUAAAGAUGAAGAAGCCUUGCAACAACGGAUACCAGAAAAAGAAGAGAAACGCCGGAGGAAAGCUGAACGAAAGGAAGAAAAGCGGGCCAGGAAGGAGGAGCGACGUCGUGAAAAAAUUGAGAGGCACGAAAGUUAUAAACGCUAUUCACCUCGAUAUGAUGAGCACGAACGAAGAAGCCGUAGUCGUUCCAGGUCACCCCGCCGAAGAUCCCGAUCCCGAGAGCGCAACCUACGAGAACGCGAUUAUUUAAGUCGAAGAAGGUCUGGAAAUGAUUCGGUGACACCCCCUCUGAGGCCAACUCGAGAUUACGAUGAUAGAGAAAGGGAGAGAGAAAGCGAUCGACGGCGUUGGGAUUCGCACACCAGAAGAGAGCAACCCAGAGGUGGUGGACGGGACAGUUAUCGUUAGCCCAAAAUAUUUAUAAUCAUCGUGCUACUUUUAAUCACUGAUCGUAAAUAUCAUGGUAUUACAAUUACACU